AUGGCGAUUAUACACCAAGGAUGCAUUCCAUAUGAAAUCGGAAACUCAUUAGCACUUCAACAUUUAUUCUUGGCUAGUAAUAUGUUAACAGGUACAAUUCCGCAUUCAAUUGGCAGAUUAUCAAAUUUGAAGCAAUUGCCCAUUUUCGACAACAAUAUUCAGGGUCCAAUACCUGAAUCCAUCUUCAAUCUCUCCAUGUUACAUGUUCUUUCUCUUGCUGGAAAUAAUAUCUCCGGCAAUCUUCCAUCGUCCAUUGCCAAUGGUCUUCCUAAUCUCGAACGUCUCUUACUUGCUGACAAUCAGUUGAGUGGGAAAAUUCCUGCCUCUAUUUCAAAUUUUUCAAAGCUUACUAAGUUGGAACUUGGAUAUAACUCCUUCAGUGGACGAGUACCAAUGAAUCUUGGGAAUUUACAUAACCUGCAGAGUCUGCGUCUUGGUUUUAAUCACUUGACAAAAGAUCCUUCGGUGCUCGAAUUGGAUUUUCUUAGUUCAUUGCAAAAUUGUAAGAAGUUGAAAUUAAUAGGGAUUGGAGACAAUCCUUUCCAUGGAAUAUUACCAAAAUCCUUGGGUAAUUUGUCAACAUCCAUUGAAAUUUUUAGAGCCGAUCAUUGUGGUAUUAAAGGUAUCAUUCCGAAUGAAAUUGGUAAUUUGAGCAACUUGAUAGAGUUGGACAUUGGAGGCAAUGAAUUGAUAGGAACAAUUCCUGACACAUUGGGUCAAUUAAAAAAAUUGCAAAGGCUGAUACUCGGUGUCAAUAAACUACAGGGGUCUGUAUCUGUCAACCUUUGCAAUUUGGUAAAUCUGUAUUAUCUUGAUUUGGGAAAUAAUCAACUUUCUGAGCAGUUGCCAAAGUGUUUAGGAAAUCUUACGUCUUUACGACAAAUUUAUUUAUUUUCCAACUCAUUGACUUCCACUAUCCCAUCCACAAUGUGGACUAACAAGGAAAUCCAGAUUUUGAGUUUAACUGAUAAUUUGCUGAAUGGGUCACUGGCUCCAGAAAUUGGAAACCUUAAGAGCAUGCGAGGGUUAUAUCUAUCGGGAAAUCGAUUCUCAGGUAAUAUUCCUAGCACUAUAGGACAACUUCAGAAUUUGGGAAAUCUAACAUUAUCAAACAAUCUAUUACAUGGUCCUAUUCCUGAAUCGUUUGAUAAUUUGAUUUCAUUGAAAAUAUUGGAUUUAUCCAAGAACAAACUCGAUGGUGUAAUCCCCAAGUCAAUGGAGAAACUUAAGUACCUUGAGUAUUUCAAUGUUUCAUUCAAUGAACUCACUGGUGAAAUUCCAAAUGGAGGGCCUUUUAAGAACUUCACGUCAGAUUUCUUCAUGGGCAAUAGGGAAUUGUGUGGAGCAUCUCAUUUUAAGGUCAAGCCAUGCAAAUAUGAUACAGCUAGAACAUCAAGCAAAACAAGAGUUUUGAAGUUUAUUUUUCCAUCAAUUGUCGUAGUAUUGAUUCUGGCCAUUACUUUGGUCUAUUUAAUAAGACGUCAUAGCAGGAAUACACUUUUUACAGCUCCGUCUACUUCCCCUGUGACAGUCAAGUGGGUUUCAUAUUAUGAAGUUCUAAAUGCUACCAAUAAAUUUGGUGAAGAGAAUCUGAUUGGCAAAGGUAGUAUUGGUUCAGUGUACAUGGGAACAUUUUCAGAUGGAAUGAUUGCUGCUAUUAAGGUUUUCAAUCUAGAUUUGGAAUGUGCAAACCAAAGUUUUGAUAAUGAGUGCCAAAUACUUUGCAACAUUCGUCAUAGAAAUCUUGUCAAGGUAAUUACUAGUUGCUCUAACAUUGAUCUCAAAGCCUUAGUUUUGGAAUAUAUGCCUAAUGGAAACCUUACCAAAUGGCUUUCUUUGAGCAACUAUUUCCUAAAUUUAGCUCAAAGAUUGGAAAUAAUGAUAGAUGUGGCAUCUGCGCUAGAGUAUCUACAUCAUGGAUAUCCCUCUUUGAUUGUCCAUUGUGAUUUGAAGCCCAGCAACGUACUUUUAGAUGAAGAUAUGGUUGCCCAUGUUGUUGACUUUGGCAUUGCUAAGCUUUUCACUGAAGACCAAAGAAUUUCAAUUACCAAGACGUUGGGUACCAUUGGAUAUAUGGCUCCAGAAUAUGGAUCAAAUGGAUUAGUAUCAACUAUGGCAGAUGUUUAUAGCUAUGGGAUUAUGCUAAUGGAAACAUUUACCAAGAAGAAGCCAACAGAUGAUAUGUUUGUCGGAGAGUUCACAAUGAGAAAAUGGGUGCUUGAAUCAUUCCCAAAAGCAAUAGCACAAAUAGUGGAUAUCGAUUUAGUGAAUGCUGCUGAAUAUAAUAUUCAAGCUAAGGAGAGCUGCUUCACAUUAAUCAUGGAACUAGCACUAGAAUGCACAACUGAUUUGCCCGAGGAGAGGCCCACUGCUAAAGAUAUUCUAGAAACUGGCUAUCAUUCUGAAGAUUUUAAAACUUUAUUGGCAUCCAUUGUUGUGUUGUAG